UUAAAUUCACAAUUUUCCUCUUGAAUUGCAUAUAUUCAAAACACUCAUUUCCUCUGUGGGAAGAAGACCUACAAUUCGAAGACAGAAUUUUCGGUUAGUCUCGCCGCUUUAAGUUGCUACAUUUAUAAUUUAAAGAGUAACGGAAUUACUCACAGCUUCUGAAGUAGCAGCAGGAUGGGCAUAACAAUUCUUCCUGGUGGGUUUUUACAAGUGAAAGAAUGAUGGCUACCAUAGGGUCGAGUUUGUGACGUCACUGGGAUGACCGAUGGCAAGUUUCAUCAUCGUACCUGCCAUGGUAACCAUGGUGAUGGCGUUAACCAUACCAACCAGAGGGAUUUCGUCGCCAAGAGACGCUUACAAUCUUACUCAGAUAGAGAGGUACAUCGGCGAUGACGUCACACUCAGUUGCCCCAAUCAUAGCUAUCAGGGGAACUUUUCCAUCACGUGGUACAAGUACAAUGAACCAUUGCAGGAAGUGACGUACCGAGAUGCGAUAAAUACCCGGAUGUUGAUACUUAGUAACCUGUUGUUGGCAGACGGAGGACGGUAUACCUGUGUCCUGAAGACCGAAUCUAAUAGAACUCUUAAUACGUCUUACAUGUUAACUAUAAAUGAUCACUCUCUAAAUAAGAAGCCUUCGAUCAUUACCCACUCAAUAAACCAAACCGUAAUUAUUGGUAAAACUGCGACUUUCACCUGUACCAUAACAAGCUUCUCAACGCCUUACAUCGAAUGGUUCCUCCACUCUACACGCUAUCAAAACACAGCCCAGGCAAACUCCAACACAUCUUACUUUCACACAAGGUCAAGUUUAAAGCGCAUGCGCGGGAUCAUGACCGUGCGGGAGGCUGGUACGGGUGCUGGACGCCCUUACGAGAUCCUGCUUCGCGUGGUUAACGUGACGUACCGUGAUAGUGGGUGGUACUCGUGCCGCGUGUUUGACAAAUAUGGGAAAGCAUUCAAACAGGGAUUUCUCGCCGUUACUCAAGCGCCCACUUUAUCACAGCAAGAUCUCCAACUGCAGUACACACGGCGAUACGCCGACAAUCCCAAGGUCCCCCUCGCGCUGCUGGUCUCACUGCCAGUGGGUGUUCUCGUUAUCGCAUGCGCAGUGCUGGUACGCGCGCUCGAAAGAUCCAAACGCGCCAAUGCGCAACAAACCGGAAGUAGUAAACAACCAGAAGAAGAUUCGUCUGCACCUUCGACUCGUAGAAAUCCUGUAAAUCAUAUUCCCUCCAACGGCGUGGGGACCUUUUGUAAUCAUUAUCCACCAUCAGUUGCCAUAGGUAGCCAUGUCAAUUAUCAUCCUGCAUCGUUUGGUAUUGUGCGGGGAAAUAACAAUAAUAGGACUUCAGUGAAUAGUUAUCUUCAACAAGACUGUGAGGUUGGUCAGCAGUGUCAUACAUUAACGAGCAGUCAGUCCGCUUCCACGCCGGAUGUGUGGCCAACAACAAGUAGUGAUCAGCGCGACAACAGGCAACGUGGUCAGCAGCCUACAAGCAGUGGUCUCCAUAGUAGUAGUGACUUGAAUGUGACGUCACCGACAAAUCGACUCAGUGUCUCUAGCGCAACCCUUGACAUGGAAUGGGAGGGACUGGACCUUAAAAUCACCGAGAGUCUGGAGCUUGUCAAGAUGCCUGUAGAAGUAGACGUAUAAACGACUACGGGAUACCUGUGGCGAUACUAUCAGAGCAGAGGAAUGUUAACUAGUAGCACAACGACCUCUGGGAAAUUUACAGAAUAGUUUCAACAAUUCCUGAAUAUUCUUUAGAUUAUUACUGCGAAACGUAGCACAUACGACCAAUAUUCUGAUGCAUUGAAAGAUGAAUUAAUUGAUCUAGUUUAUAGUACGAAAAAUCCUUUUAGAUGCGUUUAACUUACCAUUUUUUAAAUUAAUUGCCUUCGGGAAAAUGAUCACUCUAUUUGCAUGGGUGUUGCUCAGAGAAAGAGUGGAAUGUUGUGCAGCUAAAAAGCAAGGACUGUCUUCCUACCGUAAUUACUGGAAUAAGCGCCUCCCCAGAAUUAGUGCCUCCCCCCAAAUUAGAAUCUCCUCUAAGCGUGCUGCACUCCUGAAACUUCGAUGAUGGGGGGACUCGCGUUAAAAAUGAAGUAACGAAAACUGACAGUACUACCCACCAAAGCAUUCUAGAAUUGGAAGCUUUACUCGCUGUACGUUGUAAAAAACACUUUAUCUAGAUUUAAAUUGGGUUUUGAAAUAAAUGCUCACCCCGCGCGCCUUCCCUGGGACGUAUGGCGUCUGGGCGCUUAUUCGAGAAUUACGGUUAUUGCCAGUUUAGCCAUGCCCUACUAAUCGAUCUAUUUACUAUUUAACUAUGUUCAACAGCGUUAAGCAAGAAAGAACUGUGACUGUUGCCGGCAACAUGAACAUUAAAUGGAUGAUAUAAAAGAAUGAUGUAAACUACAACAAAACAUAUUUCUUAAAAAGAGUUUU